GGAAAAACCGCGAGAUCACCUGACUACCGCCCGGACUUCCUCAAAGUGUAAACAUUUACUCGCAGGAGAGCGCAAAGUUGCUCGGCAGGCUACGGAGGAAAUAUCGCACCGCUCAUGAGACCAUGCCGUGUUUAAACCUGAAGACAUGCCUCUCGUCCGUGAUAUGAAAGCAGCUUUGUACCUAUGAAGCGCUGAGAGGUCCGGUUGGUGUUGCUGUGUGGGAAUGGGUGCUUUCCCUCGCUGGUCCAAAUGGAGAGUAAAGGGAGCGACGAGGUGGAAAAACUGAAGACAAAGUUCAUGUCAGUGUGGCACAAUGUGAAGUACAGUUGGGCUCUCAAAUCCAAGACUUCAUUCAGCAGAAACUCUCCGGUGUUUCUUUUGGGGAAGUGCUACCAUUUUAAGGCAGAAGAUGACGACUGCCCUGAAGACGGCGCCGAAGGCUCUGAUGAGGACUUUGUCAUGGGGAACGUGGAGGCCUUUCGGAAGGAUUUUGCAUCGCGUGUGUGGCUGACAUACCGGGAAGAUUUCCCUCCGCUGCCAGGCAGCAGCCUGAUCUCGGACUGUGGCUGGGGCUGCAUGCUGAGGGCCGGACAGAUGAUGCUGGCUCAAGCUCUUGUUCUGCACUACCUGGGCAGAGACUGGACUUGGCCAGAGGCACUCACACUCCCCCCCUUAGACGCAGAGACCCGGACCACAACAGCCGCCAAGCGUCUUGUCGCCUCUCUAGAGGCUUCUCUGCAGGGCACCCCCAAGACUUCUAGCAUUGGACCGUCUAUUGGACCUCAAGCUCAGACAUUGGGAUCAGCAGAAGAAGCAGAUGCACAUUUAAAGGAGACGUACCAUCGAAAUCUGGUGUCCUGGUUUGGGGACGUUUCCUUGGCUCCGCUGGGCCUGCACAGACUUGUCCGUUUAGGACUGACGAUGGGAAAACAGGCGGGGGACUGGUACGGUCCAGCUGUGGUAGCACACAUCUUAAAAAAAGCUGUCAAGGAAGCGACGGACCCUGGCUUGGCGGGUAUAACUGCCUACGUCUCCCAGGACUGCACAGUGUACAGUGUUGAUGUUGUGGAGUGCCACAAGGUGCCAAGCACAGAGGAAACCUCAGAUGAGACACCAGAGAGCCCUCCUGUCGCACAGACCAGCCAACCCUCACCUGCUCCCACGCUGCCAGAGGACCGAGCCGUCAUCAUCCUCAUCCCUGUGAGGCUGGGGGGGGAAAGGACCAACCCGGAGUAUUUUGACUUUGCAAAGAGCAUACUGAGUCUGGAGUACUGCAUAGGCAUCAUCGGAGGGAAACCCAAGCAGGCCUGCUACUUUGUGGGAUUUCAAGAUGACAGCUUGAUUUACAUGGACCCUCAUUACUGUCAGUCUUUUGUGAAUGUCAGCACCAGCGAUUUCCCUCUCCAGUCAUAUCAUUGCCCCUCACCAAAGAAGAUGCCUUUCAGCAAGAUGGACCCAAGCUGCACAAUUGGUUUCUAUUCCAAAAGUGUUCAAGACUAUGAGCGGAUCAGGGAGGAGCUGUCCAAGUUGCUGCAGCCGUCAUCGAAGGACAAAUAUCCAGCGUUUACCUUCGUGCAAGGUCGCAGCACAGACCACGACCUGUCGUCAGACCUGAACACAGAGAAGCGGGAAUGGCCUUUCAUUCGGGACACGCGCAGAACCGUCACCACCGCCGGAGACUUUGUGCUGCUUUGAAACCCAAGUUUGCGGUACAAGGUUCUCUGAUUGCUUGAAAUCCACUGCAUCACGUCUGUGUUAGGAUUGGGUGGUUAAGUGGCUAAUCUAAAACUACAUUAAUCCAGUUUUUACAUCCUAGAGAUACUGAUCCUGAACCAAAGGGUUGUCUGGUUCGGCCUGGCAAUGUGAAUUAUUUGGUUAUACUGAAUUAUUUGCAAGAAGAUAUUUUGACAUUAUUUGUUCUAUUGAGUCGAAGUUCAUGACAUUUUGUAGUGCAGUAGAAUUAAGAACAAAUUUAUUGUAUUUUGCGUCACUAUUUGUAUUUUUGUAGUCAAGGCUUAUGUCAAAAUUUAUUGAGACAUCAUAUGUUGACAGAAGUGGAGUCUCAUCUGUAAAAUUAACUUGAUGUUUAAAAAAAUAAUAAAAAAUUGAAAGGGCAUAACCAUUUUUUUACAGUAGAUAUAAGCACAGCCUGUACUUAUUUGGUUUGAUUUUUUUUUUCUGCUUAUGAUAUAGUUGAAUUGUUUAGCAUCCACACCAUAUCUGAACUAUACAAGCAGUGUGAAUAAUAAUUAAAAGUGUACGGAAUAAAAUAACAGACAAGAGUUUAGAAAAAAAAGCUAUAAAUCAAAUAUUUUCUAUUUUACAGAUGAGACCCCAGGUGUAGGUUUUUUUUUUUUUGUUUUGUUUUGUUUUUUUGUUCUAAAGAGAUAUUUGUAAAAGUAUAACUAGGUCACAUUCUUUCAAGAUAAACAGCAUUAUGCAGAAGUGUUUGAAAUAAGGGUGAAAUAAGGACUAGAGCAGCAUUCUUCAUACUUUCUAUAAUAAAUACCACUGGAAUGAAAGUCAGGUUGUACCAACUUAAAACAGUACAACCAGAAUUGGACCUUCAAUUUUUGUGAUUUAUCAGACAAAGCCACAAAAUGUUAUCUAAUGGCACUACAUGAUUAGUUGAACCAUAAUAAGUAUAUAGUGGGUUAUUGUUAUGGGUCCUUUUUAUUCAGAAGUUUGUAAAAUUCACAAGGAAGUUUCAAGUCAGAAUUUCAAGGAGAACACCGACCGUGGCAUAAGAAUUCAAUAUGGCCGCCUUGCAUAUAAAACUUAAUGAUAGCAGCAGAAAAACAACAUAAAAACCCGUUAAAAAAACUGUUUAUAAACGUAUAGCACUGUAAACACUGUUCUGUGUGCAACAUGCAGAGAAUCAACUUGUUAGCAGCUCAUAAUCACUGAGCAAAUAAACUGCGUUUUUAAACUUGAAACUGGAAAAGUUAGUUGGGUUUGAGAAUAGAAUAAACCAGAGAAUAAAUGGCCAUCAGGAUUUGCUACUGGCUCACUGUUGUCAUCACUGGUAUUUACCGUGAAAGCAUUUUUUUUUUUUCACUAAAUUGAGAACACUAAAUGAAGAUGAUUUUCUGAAUCAUUAUUUGUAUGCGUUGCAGUCAUAUUGGAUUUCGAGGUCAGGGUUGGUUUUUCACUUGAAGUUCUAGCUUUUGAGGUCGUUCAAAUGAUUUUUACAACUUCAAACUUGGAAACUUCAGCUUCUGGGUACAAAAUGCAACGCAUUACAGCGUCUUUCACGUUAAUAUGAAAGUAAUAUUGUUAUGCCCUAGCACAGCAAGGAGAAUAAGUCCAGGUCCUGUUGUACUGCUGUUUUAAAAUCUCUGUUAAUGUGGGGAUAGUUGGGAAAACUUGGUAUUUACUAAGUUGGGAUGAACAGUGGUACUUGUACCAUUGUUUAGGAAUCACAGAUCUAGUGCUAUUAAGGUGUCUUUGGGGUAAAGCGAGCGUCUUAAAGGGCUAUUUAAUAAUAAAAACGUUUCAUUUCUAUGCUGAGAAAGUUUCCUUCUUCUAGAUUAACUCCUGAAACACUUAUGAAGAAAACGAUGCACACAAUGAAGGAGGCUCUUUGCAAUUCAACGCAAAGUUCAUUUGGAUUACACUAGAAAAUUUUUUUUUCUUUUUACGCAGUAUUAUAUCACCGUAUGACACCAUAUCACACAAAGCGGUAUGGGCUUUGAUCUCUUCUUACCAGGAAGUUUGUUGGCACGAAUCCUGUAUGAAUAAAAAACUUUUUUUUAUUUUGGCUGCAUUUAGCAGCACUGCUGUGCACGUCUUUCACUGUUUCCUCAAAUCAUUUCUACUUAUUUUUUUUUCUCAAUUCCAACAAUGAAUAAGUGAAGGUCAGUUACUGUGCAAUAACAUACAAAUUAAUCUGAAACUAACACGAAGUACACUCGCUAAUGUUUCAGGCUCCAAAGCUCAGCGGAGCUUUUUUGUCACUAAAUAAACACUGUAAAGUUUUAUCAUGUUCUUUCUUCACACAGAAACGUGUUUGUUUGUACAAAUUAACUUUAGAAAUCAUCAAUAAAAUGUUUCAACAUGUUGAGCACAAGAGCUAAAUAAAUGAAUUUAUUUGAAUUUACCAGUUUGCAUUGUUUCUUUUUUUCUGUUCAUGUUGGAGAAUUCCCAGCCGCUCUAAAUAAAAGUUCAAAGAAAA